AUGGAGAUUAAAGAAAUCAUCAAUCAAGACAUUCAAAUCAUAAGCACAUUGAAAAUAGGAAAUUUUUCGAAGCUUCCAAUAGCAUGGAGAGAUGAAGGAAAUAUUGAUUAACUCCCCGUAGCUAGAUACAAUGAAACAUUAGAAAAAGAGAUAAUUAACAAGAUAAAAAUAACUAAUUGGAGAAGAGAUGAUGAUAUAUUGAUCUAGAAAAUGCUCAACUUUCAGUAGUUAAGAUCUAACAAAGUAGUUUAUACAGAUGAAUAUGGAUACGUUAAAUUAGAUAAGAGGAUUUAGUAAGAUAAAUAUGAUACUUAACAACUCAAUCCUCCUAAAAUUAAUACAACUUGGUCAUGCUCCACUAUUUAAUAUCCUGUUGAGAAUCAGACCAAUAUUGAUGGAUCUACAUAGAAAAGUAAAAUUGUUAGUGUUGACUAAAAUGACUUUAAGUUUAUGAUCACAGUCAAUACAGUAUGUGUAAUAGAUUAAGAAGAAUCAGAAUAAAUUCAUAGAGUAAAAAUAUCAGAUCAAAUUUUAUCAAUCGUCGAGCAACUAUAAAAGCUACAUGAAUGCAAAAUCAAAGUUAUUUACAAUAAUAGAGAAUUAGAUUAGCGGAAAACAUUUAGAGCAGCCAAUAUAAAAGAUGGAUAAAAGCUACUUUUCUUUGGAAUAAAGGAUAAAUGUAAUCAAGAUUAAAAACCAAUUAGAUUCUUUCUAAGAUUCCCUGAUUUCAACAAAGAAUAAUAAUGGAAAUCAGUUGAAGGGGAUGACGGUAUCAUUAUUACUUGCAAAGUUGACUUUAUAUUUCUUGGAAUCGGACUAUUUGAAGCCUCUAAUUAAGAUCCAGGAGAAUUCGGUAUAUAGUACACAAUCUACAUUAAGGAUAAAUAAGGAAAUGUCAAAUUAAAGCCGUAAGUUGUCAAAGAAAAUGGAAGUUAUACAUAUGAUGAUGUAGAUGAAAUGCACGUUUUCAAAUAUAAGUUCUAAACCUUUCCACAUGGAAUUGUAGUGAAGGCAGGCUAAAGAUUGACCUAUAUGCAGAGAACUUCUUAUUAAUAUUCCUUCUAUUCUGACCAAGGAAGAUAUUACUAAUAAAUAAGAAAUCCUGAUAUGAACAUAUUCAAGAUUAAAUCAACAAGAUUAAGUUCGGGUACUUGUGUUGAAUAAGGGAUCAUUCCUGGAUUCCUCUAUAAAUUGCUUUGA